CGGCGGGGUUUGGACUGCCAGCGGUGCGCGUCAUUUAUUUAUCUCUUGUGUGAAAGGACGGCAUAGCUCGGCAUCCGAGCGGAAGCCUAUUGCUUGUGUAACCCCAUCCGUGGCAACGGCCCUCUCCCUUUUGAUAAGCCCAGAAGCGGCAAGCUUUUUAUGACUUGUCUUCUUUUCUAUUUGUCAGACUUUGUCCUACUAUCAUCCAUUUGCUGCCUCGUUACGGAUGCGCUAACAGGAGGCAUGCCAGCCAUCAUGUCCAACCCGCCGCUUGCCCCUCCGCCUCCGGGUGUGGUCCCUGAUUUUGAACAUCCAGCUUCCAAGAAGCCAGCGAUAAUCGCCUGCUUGUCUGUCAUUCUCCCCAUUGCAACUCUCUUCGUCUACCUCCGAGUCCACGUGAAGGCAUUCGUGAUGCGCGAGUUUGAUGCCUCUGACUGGUUUUGCAUUAUCGGUUUUACCAUGGUUCUUGGAUAUACUUAUACCAUUUAUGACCUUGCGGUCAUCCCAGGAGCUGGCGAGCAUGACUACGAGCUCCAUCUCAUGGAUAUUCCCCAGAGGUAUUACGUGGAUCUCAUCAUCAGCGGUGUUUUCGUCGGCACGACUCUACUCUUCAUCAAGCUAUCUCUUCUCUUUCUCGUGCUACGCAUCUUCUGGAUCCGUCGAUGGGCCCGAUAUACGACUAUUGCCGGGAUCGCAAUUCAUAUCCUUGUCUACGCGGUGUAUACAAUUCUAUACCUAUAUUUGUGCGCGCCAAGGCCAGGUCAAACGGCAAUGGACGCUGCUGGAAGCCCACGAUGCCUCAAAGUUGUGAGCCUGAGCUCGUUUCAGGCCGUAUGGGACGCAAUCGAGGACUUCCUAAUCCUUGGCGUUUCAAUCCCCAUCCUUAUGGGCCUGAAAACCACUCUGAGUCGACGACUUCGAGCGAGUUCCGUCUUUUUCGUCGGUCUUACAGUCACUGCUUUCAGUAUUGCUGGCGCCUACUUCCGUCUCACAAGUAGCCCAAGUGAUAUCAACUGGCAAUACCCGACGCUUUUCAUCAUCACGUACUUUGAGAUGUCCCUCGCUUUGAUCUGUGCAUGCCUCCCUUGCUUACCGCUCUUGGGCAAGAGUGCCACGAUCAAGAGAGUCAUGGACUCUCGUUUCUACUCGUCGCUCAAGAGUUUGUCGAUGUCGCGCUUGAGAACAUCUCAACGGAGCGAGCUGCUCCCCGACACCGACAGGCCCAACUCAUCUACCACCAACCUUGCAGAAGGAGACAGUCAGAAGUUUGUAGCUACCACCCAAUCCUUCAAUGUUGAGCACUCCUACGAGCUUUAUCCCAAGCCUUCGCACGGGGUUUCAACUCGCAGUUUUGACCGCUUGCCGCCGCGGAGCUAAAGGCAUGCUACCACUUGCCAAGUGGGAGGCAAGGGACUCCCAUAUAAGAUGUAUGUAUGACUGUAUGGACUCUGGGGCUUGUAAUAGGAUGAUUGAAAAGGUGAUUUAUUUGUGUUUUGAAUAAGUCAUGUGGGCUUGUUAGUAGUGUGAAUUCGCAAGGCAAGGACAUCAGGACUUGGAUCAAGGGUUUUACUGUACUGCGUAUGCCGAUGUUCGCCCCCAAGGUCGGUAUGUAAGGUAUUUAUGUGUUAUUGGUCAAAUUGACCAUCACUCUAUAGAAACACGGUCACGCUAACAAAGCUCAAGAUAUUCUUCCCUUAUUUCGUUUUUUGGUUAACGUUUAAAUAUAAUAAAAUAAAAACUAAAGCCCUUUAAAAGAUAGUAUUUGUAUAAAAAGAGGAUAUGAUAAAGUAGAUAGUUAAUUAAUUAAUAUUUAAGUUCUAACGUCCUUUUAAAA